AUACAUUUUCCAAUUUCCAAUGUCGAUUUUCCAGUGAACCUUAAUUGGAGGACCAACCCACUCUCAAACAAAAGGGCACAUUUGUGGUAUGCAAAAUAAUCUGAGUUACCCACUUGAGAAACGCAUGGAUAACAAUUUGAAUUUGAACUUUAUUAAACUUUUUAUCAAACCAUGGAAGAAAUGAGGGUCAAAAAUUUUGCAUAGAUUAGGAAAAAAUUGGAAAAAAAUUUGCUUUGACCAUUUUGGGAAGCCAAAUAAAUAAAAUAAAAAAUAAAGUUUAUCUGGCUGAAAAUGGCAAACCUCCGAGUGUAUUUCUGCCAUGAAAAACAAGUGUUCAUAGAAAUACCACCGCAUUUCACAGUCGGCGUAAAACUGUAGAUCCCUCUCCUUUGUGCGACAACAUCAAGGCACACGCCACAAUUCGGAUCGCCAAUCUAUUAUUAUUAUUAUUAAAUGCGUAAUUUUCACCAAGAUCUGCUGAACUGAGAGCCCCGAUCGCAAAUUCGUAAAUGCUUAGAUCCUUAUUUUCAAUGUAUACCUACUUGACCAAAAAAAAUAUUUUCUAAUCGAAAAUUUAUUUAAGAUUUUUGCAUAAGUUCCAAAAAACUUACAUUCAAUUACACAGUGAAACUCGGUAAAGCCUAAAACAAAUCAUAUUACCUAACACCAAUGCGGCCUGGUCGGCCAAGCGACGAUGAAAGUUGUUUGUAACCUAGGAAACUUCAUUAACAUGAAUGCAAGCGUCAAAGGCUUCACCUGUCGUCCUGUGGCCAAAGGAAUAAAAAUAAACAAUAACAACCAGCCUUAAAGAAAAUACUUUCUCAAAAAAAAAAAAAAUUUGCUUCAAGUGUCUUCAUCAGUUUUAAUAAAUAUUGUUUUAAAGAAAAACACACAAAAUACUUCAAUUUUAUUAACUGCAAUACGUUGUUUAUAUUUUGCUAGUUGAUUCCAAUUUAUCAUCGUAUAUUAGAAAAACAAAAUUGUGUAUCACAACAGCCGACGGACGUAUACGUAACCUAAAUGGUCUCACCGCGAAAGUCAACCUCUGCAUUGAGCCUCAUUCCAGAGGAACGUGGCAAACUGCUGCCGGUGUCCACAAAGAGCUGUGAGAGCCUUUACUCGAAUACGUCCAGUUCGAAAAGUUCAAUUAAUAACUUAUAUCGGCGCAAGCAAAACGCCGGCAAUGUCGGCGGUGCAGGUGGAAACAUGGGCCGCCACUCUACACUGAUACCCGCCACAACAGAAGUGCGCCAACGCGUAUUAUCCGCUCGCCGUCUACGCAUGAAAACAUUUCAAAAUCAAUUGGCCGAUGCACAGCAAACAAUUGCGGAUCUCGCACAUGAAAAUCGUAUCCUACGCACGUUACAUAAGCGCCAGGACUCCGCCUUGGCCAAAUAUGAAUCAACAAAUGCUGAAUUGCCGAAACUUUUACACUCCCACGCCGAAGAGUUGCGCGUGUGGCAGGCAAAGUACCGCCACCUACAGCAGAUCAACAAGGAGCUCGAGCAUAAACUUAAAGCAAAAGAGUCUAUAAUACUCACGCUCAGCGAUCAAAACAAAUACUAUAGUCAACUGAAUAAGGAUAGGAACCUUGAAGAAAGACAGCGUUUGUCCGAGAAGUUGGAAAAGCUUGAAACUCGUUUACAGGAGAAGGAUAACGACAUGAAGCUACUGGCACGUCGAGUUCAAAUCGAGACCAAAAAUUUCAAACAACAAUUACUUACCGAACAAAAGCGAACAAAGGAUGCUUUGAUGAAGCUGGAAAAGGCUCGAUUGGAGCUAUCGGGAUAUCGAAAACUAGACGAAUUAGGUGAUAAGUUUUCCACACUCAGCGUGGGACGACGUACAACGAACCCCACAGACGAAUCAAAAUUGGAAAAAGAUUUAGAGCGGAUUCUGGCAGAUGAGGUAUUAGAUGAAGAUGAGAAAGAUCUAGAUGCAAAUUUCGAUCCCGGAAGUCAACGUUCAGCCAAAAGUCCAAAUAAUUUUACAGCCGAAAGCUCUUUGGGCUAUGGAAAUCGCAAAACAGCUUCGUCUCUCACAGUGGGUAAGUCGCGAAAGCAGCGACAGGAAGGCGGCGGCGGCCUAAGACCUGUGACAAGGCAGCAACAAUUAGCCCGACAGCAGUUGCUACAAGGAUACCAAAGGAAAACACAACAAAAGGAUGAUCCGGCGCAUGAACAUCUCGCCGCCAUAACAGAUUACGAGGUUGAAUAUGACAACGAUCACAACGGCGAGUUCCCGGGAGCUAGCGAUCGCCGCCAGAACAAUCGAAGCGGCCGUAAAUAUGAUAACACAGGGGACGGUGAUGAAGAGCUUGGCGAGGUGGACGGAGAUUAUGAGGGAGAGGAAGAGGAGGUCAAUGGUGAUUCCAGCCGAAAAGCGGACGACGACGAAGUGGUACCACGUGGCACCUUUAACGCCAAGUAUUUAGUAGAGGGAGAGGAAGAACAAGCACUAGAAAGCUUAAAUGACGAGAACGGUGAAGAUGAUGAUGAUGAUGAACGGGAUGUUGUCUGCCAUACCGCCAAGAAAACUUCACACAUGAAGGAAGAGAUUUCCAGCAUACGCAAACAAAUCUCCCAUGACUACAAAGAGCGAGAGGCCUUUCUGGACACGUUUUGCCGACAGGCCAAUAGUGGAGUUCUAUUAGAUGAAACCCCAAAAAAGCGAAGUAGCAUCACUUUGGGUCAGAAUCUGCCUAGCAAUCGUAAAAACAAAUUGCUUGCUGCGCUCAAAGCCAUCGACGAUAACAAGAGUCAGGACUAAAUAGCUAGUUUAUAUCUAUGUCUGUGAUUUUUAAUCACAAACUUUUGUUGCUGCUUUUAUAUGUACAUACAGGCUGCGUUUCUUUAUACAUUCCAGAUAAUCCUAUUUCACAGCCAGAAUAAACAGCAUCAUCAGCAACAUUCUAAAGAACAAGUAAACAAAAAAGUUUUUUUCAAAACGUUCAGAAUGAAUAAAGAAACCCAGCCACAAUGCAAAUAUACUAUGAAUAUUUAAAUAAAACUUGUUUGCUUUUAUUUUUUCUAAUCAAAGUACUUACAAAAGCCUAUACAUACUAA